AUGGAGAAAUAUGCAGUGACAGCUGAUAUAGAGAGAGCAUUUCUACACACAGAAUUAGACGAAAAUGACAGAGAUGUUACGAGAUUCUUUUGGUUACAGAACCCCAACAAUCCGAACAGUCCAUUAAUAACUUACAGGUUCAAAGUAGUACUGUUUAGUGCAACCUGUUCACCCUUUAUUUUGAGUGCUACAUUGAUGAAACACUUUAGAGAAAACCCAUCCAACACAUCCUCAGAACUGCAAAGGAACAUAUAUGUAGAUAACAUUCUAACGAGCUUUCCUGACGAGACAACUCUACUCAAGUUUUACGCAGAAUCUCGCACAUUAUUACACGAUGCCGGUUUUAACUUGCUAUCAUGGAAUUCUAACAAUGAAAACUUACGAAAUAGAGCAAUACAGGAAAAGGCAGGAGACGAGGACCAGACAGUUAAAAUACUUGGGAUGCGCUGGAACACAAAAUCUGAUAAUAUUUUGUAUAAUCAACUUACUUUGACAGAAAAUGAUGAUAUAUCAUUAACAAAACGAGAAGUGUUGCGCCAGUCGUCAAGAAUAUUUGAUCCGCUUGGAUUAAUAUCCCCAGUUACUGUGACAUCAAAACUUUUUAUGCAAAGAUUAUGGAAAGAGAAGUUAAAUUGGGACGAUCUAUUAUCGUGUACUUUAAAAGAAGAGUGGAAAUCGAUCGCUAUGGAAAUAGAAGAGGCAACAAAAACAGAAUUUUCCCGCCAAAUAGUACCUGAAUAUGAUGCGCAAGACGAGACUGAACUUCACAUAUUUACAGACGCCAGUCAACAAGCAUAUGGCGCGUGUGCCUAUUUGGUCAAAGGGAACACAUCUAGUCUAAUCAUUACAAAAAACAGAGUCGCUCCGGUAAAAACUAUAACUUUGCCACGUUUGGAAUUAAUGGGUGCGCUGAUUGGCGCCAGAUUAGCGAACUAUUUAGUAGGAUUUAUUGACACACAGAAGACAUAUUUUUGGAGUGACAGUCAAAUAGUGUUGAGUUGGAUAUCGUCAACAAAAACGUUAACUAUAUUUGUAUCUAAUCGUCUCAAAGAAAUAAGAAAAUUGGCCGAAAACAGUGAUUGGAGAUAUUGCCCAACAGACCAAAACCCAGCAGAUUAUCUUACCCGCGGAAUUACGGCAAAACAGUUGAUGAAUAGUGCACUUUGGAUAAAGGGACCAAAAUGGAUCAACAACAAGGCAGAAUGGCCAAACUGGACAAGAAAUGUGGAAAACUGUAACACAUUUUCAACAAUUACAGAGGAAUCUAUGGAUGCUGAGAUACAUGUACCAAAGACAAGUUGUAUUCAAAUUGAAAAAUAUAGCUCGUUUAGUAAAUUAGUUAGAAUGACAGCAUACGUGUUAAGAUUUAUCCAUAAUUUGAAGACCCGUAAAAGCGAGCGAACAAUUGGAAUACUCAGCAUUCAAGAAAUCGGAGAAGCCGAGAAUACACUUAUUCGUAAUGUUCAGCGGACGACAUUUGAACUCGAGAUUGGUGUCGACUUUACAGGCGCUUUGUGUACAAAAGGACAAAAUAACAUUGACUGCAAAACUUAUAUUUGCCUGUUUACAUGUGCAGCAACACGAGCAGUACAUCUAGAAAUUGUACCGGAUAUGAAAGAAGAGUCAUUCAUGUUAGCUUUAAGGAGAUUUGUGGCACGCCAUUCACUUCCCAGAAUAAUGAUGUCAGAUAACGCUAAUACAUUUAAAGCUGCAGCCGAAUCAAUUCAACAAAAAGUUGUGGAGCGCGGAACCGAAUGGAAAUUCAUCCCAAAUAGAGCCCCAUGGUUUGGUAGAUGGUGGGAAAGACUUAUAGGACUAACCAAAAAUGCUAUUAAAAAGUAUUAG